AUGGGCGGCUUGCCUCUUUCUGAACAGAAACAGGGAAUGAGUGAAUUGGGGUCAGUGUCUAAGUCAGAGUCUCCCAAGGAGCCGGAACAGCUGCAGAAACUCUUCAUUGGAGGGUUGAGCUUCGAAACAACCGACAAGAGUUUGAGGAGCCAUUUUGAGCAAUGGGGAACACUCACGGUCAUGAGAGAUCCAAACACCAAACGAUCCAGGGGCUUUGGGUUUGUUACAUACGCCACUGUGGAGGAAGUGGAUUGCGCUAUGAAUGCAAGACCCCAUACGGUGGAUGGAAGAGUUGUGGAACCUAAGAGAGCUGUGACAAGAGAGGAUUCUCAGAGACCAGGUACCCACUUAACCGUGAAAAAGAUCUUUGUUGGUGGUAUUAAAGAAGACACGGAAGAACAUCACCUGAGAGAUUAUUUUAAGCAGUAUGGGAAAAUUGAAGUGACUGAAAUCAUGACUGACAGAGGCAGUGGAAAGAAGAGAGGUUUUGCUUUUGUCACCUUUGAUGACCAUGACUGUGUGGACAAGACUGUUAUUCAGAAAUACCAUACUGUGAACGGGCACAACAGUGAAGUAAGAAAAGCCCUAUCCAAGCAGGAGAUGGCUAGUGCUUUGUCCAGUCAAAGAGGUGGAAGUGGUUCUGGAAACUUUGGUGGUGGUCGUGGAGGCUGUUUUGGCAGCAAUGACAAUUUUGGUCGAGGGGCAAACUUCAGUGGUCGUGGUGAUAUAGCAAAGCUGAGUGUUAUAUCAAUCUCGUGCUGA